UCUGUAUUGCUCCUCGACCUUCAAAUCCUGAAGAUGAGAUUGUUCCAGCUAUGGCCAUGAGGGCAUUCUUUGGCAUCAGACCUUCUCUUCUAGAUGAUAAGGGAAAUGUCUUAACACAGAAUGAUGUCUCUGGAGCCCUCUGUAUUUCUCAGGCCUGGCCAGGCAUGGCAAGAUCUAUUUACAAUGAUCACAAGCGUUUUCUGGAGACAUACCUAAUGCCAUAUCCAGGAUAUUUCUUUACUGGGGAUGGGGCCUACCGGACAAGUCAAGGAUAUUAUCAGUUGACAGGCCGCCUGGAUGAUGUCAUCAAUAUCAGUGGGCAUAGGUUAGGCACUGCUGAGAUAGAAGAUGUUGUGAAUAAACAUGAGGCAGUGGCAGAGUCAGCUGUGAUUGGAUAUCCUCAUAAGAUCAAAGGCGAAGGUGCCUAUGCAUUCAUUGUGCUGAGAAAAGGCUCUAAACUCUCCCAAGAGAACCUGGGCUCUGAACUUCAGAGCCUUGUUUCAAAAGAGAUAGCAAAAUAUGCAGCUCCAGACCAUGUUCAGGUAGCUCGACACCUGCCUAAGACCCGUUCAGGAAAAAUUAUGCGGAGGGUUCUGAAGAAGAUUGUAGAAAACAAAGCAGAUGAACUUGGAGAUCUGACAACCCUGGAUGAUCAUGACACAGUGAAAGAGAUAAUUGAAGGACACAAAAAACUUCUGCAGGAAGACCAGAGCCAGUAGCCCAAAUAUCUUGGGUUUCAAGAAGCAACAAGAAAAGUACUUUGCCAACAGCAGUCUUUCUACUCCUAUAAUCCCUUUAAGAAUCAAAAGGGGAGUUUAUUCACCAUUGACAAAAACUUAUUUAUGUUCUCUCCAUUCACUGAAAAUAACAGCUAAAGAAUAUUCUGCUUAAUAUUCUACAUCACAUUCUUUAUUGUCCAAACCACUCCUAGAUGAUUUACCAUUUACUCCAAGGCACAUAUAUUAGAAAGUUAAGACUACCACUGAGCAGCUAAAGUCUGUUGUAAGGAAGAGUUCAAACUUUAAGAAAAAAUUGCCAUAUUUAAAUAGAUUUAUAUAGGUUCUUUAUAUUAUGCCAUAUUUGGGGAAGAAAAGAAUGUUUCAGGUUUCACGUGAAGAUUUUGGGGAGCUUGUCAAAGGAGGACAUAUAAUUUAAAGGAAGUAAGACAAAAUAUGUAAAGGAUAAUGUGCACAUAUCUUCCUGCUGACCAUCAGAAGUCUUAUAAUAGCUUCAUAUGGGAUUUUAAAAUAAUAUAGUAAAUGAUAAAAAUUUUCAAUUCUUGUUUCUCAAAUUGCUAUUGCUUUUAAAU